CAUACUAACCUUUUUUCUCUCAAUUACAAGCAUUCACCCAUCCUUCAAAUCUGUUAGCUUAGAGCAGAUAAGAAAAGGAACAAAGAAGAAACCUCUCUUAAGGGUGACUGUGAAUCAAUGGCCUCUGCCUCAUGUUUCCUCCACCACCAUGCACUCUCCACCCCCGCCAGAUCCUCUUCACAGCGCCCUGCUGUGCCAAUCUUCAAGCCCACCCAGCUAGUCUGCAGGGCUCAAAAACAGGCAAUCCAUGAAGAUGACAGCAAUGCCGUCGUCUCCCGGCGAUUGGCUCUCACAGUUCUCAUCGGUGCUGCCGCCGCUGCCACUAAAGUUUCGCCGGCUGAUGCUGCUUAUGGUGAAGCAGCCAAUGUGUUUGGUAAGCCAAAGACAAACACUGACUUCUUAGCCUACACUGGAGAUGGAUUCAAGGUGUUGAUCCCAGCAAAAUGGAACCCUAGCAAGGAGCAAGAGUUCCCCGGGCAGGUUCUGAGAUAUGAAGAUAACUUUGAUCCCAACAGCAAUCUCACUGUCCUUGUCCAACCAACUGAUAAAAAGACCAUCAAAGAUUUUGGCCCACCAGAAGAAUUCCUCUCUAAGGUGGACUAUUUGCUGGGGAAGCAAGCUUACUCUGGCAAAACUUCUUCUGAGGGUGGCUUUGACCCUGAUGCUGUUGCUACUGCUAACAUAUUGGAGACUGCGACUCCGGUGAUCAGUGGAAAACAAUAUUACAACAUAAGCAUUUUGACGAGGACGGCUGAUGGAGAUGAAGGUGGCAAACACCAAAUAAUUACGGCCUCAGUGUCGGAUGGGAAGCUCUACAUAUGUAAGGUGCAAGCAGGAGAUAAGAGAUGGUUCAAGGGAGCAAGGAAGUUUGUUGAGAGUACUGCAAGUUCUUUCAAUGUUGCUUAGAGAAUAUAAAUGUGGGUAUGUUUUGACUUAAUUUGUAAAUGAUCAAGAAAUGCUAUCAGGGACUUCCUGUUUUAGUUCAAGAGAUUCUCAAUUUGAGGGAGUUUAGUAAUGAGAGCUAUAUUGGUUUGUGGA